AGUAUACGCACUCUUUCUCCAAAACAAGCAACUUUCUCUCUCUCCCUCUCUCUCGCACAUCCCCAACUAUAUUUGGGCGACCCUCUCUGACCAUCUCCAAAUGUACUUGGGCAAUCCUCUUCCUCUCUCGGAUAAAACUACCUGCUUCCUUCUCUCUCUAGACCAACUGCCACAUGCUGACCUCUGUGGUGAUUUCAUGGGGCACUCUCAGGAUUCCCAAUCUCCUUGUUUCUCUUUCCUCCUCUUCUCCCACUACCAGGAAUUGUUUUCUCGCCUUCCCCCGUUGCUUCUCCUCUAGGCCUUUCACUAAUUCUCGGCCCACUUUGAAGCUCAACUCUGACGAUGAAUCCCCUAAAGAGGGUAUUUUAGAAUCUGGUCUGUAUCUUGUAGCAACUCCAAUUGGCAAUCUUGAGGACAUAACUUUGCGUGCAUUGCGAGUUUUAAAGACAGCUGAUGUAAUAUUAGCAGAAGAUACGAGACAUUCAGGCAAGUUGCUUCAGCACUACAAUAUUAGGACUCAUCUUCUGAGUUAUCACAAAUUCAAUGAGUCCCAACGUGAAGCAACCAUCUUACAGAGGCUGCAACAAGGAGGUGUUAUUGCAUUAAUUAGUGAUGCAGGGACACCAGGCAUUAGUGAUCCUGGGGCUGAGCUGGCAAAAAUGUGUGCGAGUAAAAACAUUGCUGUUUUUCCUGUUCCGGGCCCCUCUGCUCUAAUAGCUGCCCUUUCUGCCUCUGGUUUGAGCACCAACGAAUUCACUUUUGUUGGAUUCUUACCUAAGCAUGCUGGUUCAAGAAGAAAAAGGCUAAUCGCUUCAGCAGAUGAAACUGCGACACAGAUAUUUUAUGUUCCUCCCCAUUCCUUUCAUCAAUGCCUUGAAGAAAUGGCAUCUAUAUUUACCGACUCCAGGAGUUGUGUUGUUGCUCGGGAACUAACAAAAGUUCAUGAAGAGUUUUGGAGGGGCACUUUGGGGGAAGCAAAGGAUGCCUUUUCUUCUCGUCAACUGAAAGGGGAGAUUACGCUCUUGAUUCAAGGGCAAUCCAGUCUGGCUUCUGAUAAUAAAUCUGAAGCUGAAAUUGAACAUGAACUUAGAGAACUAGUAUCCAAUGGUCAGAGCCUUUCCAUGGCGGUGAAGUUGGUGUCUCAAGGAUCAUCUGUGAAAAGAAAAGCAGUGUAUGCAUUGGCAUUGAGGAUAUUUGGGGAAAAACUCUAGAGAAUUGUUCGAGUAAGACUGCUUGAGGUAUCACAGAGAGCGACAUUAUUGUAGAAAAUUAAAGCCCUACCUCUCUCUCUCUCUCUCUCUCACUCUCUCUCUCUUUCUCUUUCUCUCUCUCUCAGCCAGCACUUAAAUUGCAUUGAAAAUAAAUUGAGGAAAAAGCGGGUAUCCUAAUUGUAUUAAUUAAGAACUGGAUGAAUCGACGCGAGAGACUCCAACGAAGCUCCUUUGAGACCAAUUCAACACAUACUACAGAAGGCUUAAAACCCGGAGUUUGGAAUUGAUAGUGAACUGGGUGUUGAUUAGAAAGGAGUGCCUGGGUAUCUUAAAGAUCUGAUAUAUUAGGCAAUAAGUUGUGAAGAUGGGCAUACAUAAAAGGAGGGUGGAUGUAAGAUGGGCAUACAUAAAAGGAGGGUGGAUGUCUUUGGAAGCCUCCUUCAUGAGGGACCACUCAAUUAUGAUGGAACCUCCAAGGAUAACCCUAGUCCUAUCAGUAUUGGAGGACUGAUAAGAGAGUCUAUGGGUAAUGCACUGACUAUUGAUUACUUAUUUGGGACCAUGUAGAUCGACAACAGCAAAUGAGGCAAAACUUGGAGCUAUCCUCCAAGUCUUGAAGAUUAUAUAGGCUAAUCAACUUGGAACUGUCAUAAUUGUUGGAAGGGACUCUUUGAAAAUUGUUGAAUGGUGCAAGAUUGAACAAAGGUUCCCUUGGAACUCGAGAUCGAUGUGGUUCGAAAUUCGGGAUAGCUGUGCUAGUUUAAUAGUUUGUUUAGAGGUUGUUUGGUUUGUGUAAAAGUUCUUUCCUAAAUGGAGAUUUCACACAUUGGAUAGUCUGCCGAUGAGAAAGUAGAUGUGUACCUCAUUAAAAUUUGUUUUUUAUGAUACUUCCCAUAUUAGUGAAAUUUAAGUGAUUUUGUU